UGCGUGUGUCACCCAGCCAUGGCACAGCAGGAAGAUGCUGCCAAAAAGCACCCGGCUUUAGCGGCGGCGCAUUCCCACUUCAUCGUGGGAUCGGUUUCCGAGGAGAAUUCGGAAGACGAAGUCCAAGGGAAGCCGGACGCGCAGGCGGAGGACAAGGACGGACGUUCUCUGUCACCGUCGUCCGGGAGCUCCGAUAGCACCAACGACAUUAGCUACGAGAACGUCGAUGGCUCCGUGCACAAUCUAAGGCCGAGUAUGUCUGGGCUGCACUUGAUGAAGCAAAACCGCGAUCGCCGGCGCAUCGAUCUGCAGAGGGACUUCACCGUGGCCUCUCCUGCCGAGUUCGUGACGCGUUUUGGUGGCAACAAGGUCAUUGAGAAGGUACUUAUCGCUAACAACGGAAUCGCCGCGGUCAAGUGCAUGCGCUCGAUUCGCCGCUGGGCUUAUGAGAUGUUUCGGAACGAACGGGCGAUCCGAUUUGUGGUGAUGGUGACCCCAGAGGACCUGAAGGCCAAUGCUGAAUAUAUAAAAAUGGCCGAUCAUUAUGUGCCUGUGCCGGGAGGGACUAACAAUAACAACUAUGCCAAUGUGGAGCUCAUUUUGGACAUCGCUAAACGAAUACCUGUGCAGGCCGUGUGGGCCGGAUGGGGUCACGCUUCGGAGAACCCUAAACUGCCUGAGCUGCUCCAUAAGCACGGCAUUGCUUUCAUGGGUCCUCCAAGUCAAGCAAUGUGGGCACUCGGAGACAAGAUUGCUUCGUCUAUUGUGGCCCAGACAGCCGGGAUCCCCACCUUACCUUGGAGUGGAUCAGGCCUGACCGUCGAGUGGUCCGAAGUCAAUCAAAAGAAACGAAUCAUAAAUGUUCCUCAGGACUUGUACGAGCGCGGCUGCAUCCAUCAUGUAGACGACGGCCUAAAAGCUUCCGAGAAGGUGGGCUACCCCGUGAUGGUCAAGGCCUCCGAAGGAGGGGGCGGUAAAGGCAUCCGUAAAGUCAAUUGCGCUGAUGAUUUCCCAAACCUAUUCAGACAAGUGCAAGCAGAAGUUCCAGGUUCCCCCGUGUUUGUGAUGCAGCUGGCGAAGCACGCUCGUCACUUGGAGGUCCAGAUCUUGGCAGAUCAAUACGGCAAUGCUAUUUCCUUGUUCGGCAGAGACUGCUCGGUGCAGCGCCGUCAUCAGAAAAUUAUAGAGGAGGCGCCUGCGACCAUUGCCACAUCUGAUGUCUUUGAGGACAUGGAAAAGUGCGCUGUGAAGCUGGCGAAGAUGGUGGGCUACGUGAGUGCGGGAACAGUGGAAUACCUCUUCAGUCAAGACGGCAGCUUCUACUUUCUGGAGCUCAACCCUCGCCUGCAGGUUGAACAUCCCUGCACCGAGAUGGUGGCUGAUGUCAAUUUGCCGGCCGCUCAACUGCAAAUCGCAAUGGGCAUCCCCCUUUACCGAAUCAAAGACAUCCGGAUGCUGUACGGCACGCAGCCCUGGGGUGACACUCCCAUCGAUUUUGAGGGCCUUUCCGCAGUCGCCUCCCCACGAGGACACGUCAUCGCAGCUCGCAUCACCAGUGAAAAUCCAGACGAGGGUUUCAAGCCGAGCUCCGGUACGGUCCAAGAGCUGAACUUUCGCAGCAAUAAGAACGUGUGGGGCUACUUCAGUGUAGCAGCAGCCGGUGGACUUCACGAGUUUGCCGACUCCCAGUUUGGACACUGUUUUUCUUGGGGAGAGAAUCGCGAAGAAGCCAUCUCUAACAUGGUUGUAGCUUUGAAGGAGUUGUCCAUCAGAGGAGACUUCAGGACCACAGUGGAAUACCUCAUCAAGCUACUGGAAACGGAGAGCUUUCAGCACAAUAGCAUUGACACGGGCUGGCUCGAUAGGCUCAUCUCUGAGAAGAUGCAGGCCGAGCGUCCCGACACAAUGCUGGGACUUGUGAGUGGAGCACUUCACGUGGCGGAUGUUAAUCUGAGGAACAGUGUGUCCAUUUUCCUGCAUUCUCUGGAGAGGGGUCAGGUGUUACCGGCGCACACACUUCUCAACACUGUGGACGUGGAGCUUAUCUACGAAGGAAUUAAGUACGUCGUAACCGUGACUCGGCAGUCUCCCAACUCCUACGUGCUCAUCAUGAACAACUCAACGGUGGAAGUGGAUGUCCAUCGGCUUAGCGAUGGAGGCUUAUUACUGUCCUAUGAUGGCAGCAGCUAUACUACCUACAUGAAAGAAGAGGUUGACAGGUAUCGCAUCACAAUAGGGAACAGGACUUGUGUUUUUGAGAAGGAAAAUGAUCCGUCGCUGCUGCGAUCUCCCUCGGCGGGAAAAAUCAUCCAGUACACGGUCGAAGAUGGCGGUCAUGUCUUUUCUGGACAGUGUUACGCCGAAAUUGAGGUGAUGAAGAUGGUCAUGACCCUCACGGCCGCCGAGUCGGGUUGUAUUCAUUAUGUCAAGAGGGCAGGAGCAUCGCUGGAGCCCGGUUGUGUCAUUGCCAAACUUCAACUGGACGACCCCACCCGAGUGCAACAGGCGGAGCUGCACACGGGUACCUUGCCCUCCACCCAGGCGGUGGCUCUCCGCGGAGAGAAACUACACCGAGUUUUCCACAACACGCUGGACCACCUUGUUCAUGUCAUGAGUGGCUACUGUCUUCCUGAGCCUUUCUUUAGUGCCAAGUUGAAAGAGUGGGUGGAAAGGCUGAUGAAAACCAUGCGUGACCCCUCGCUGCCACUGCUGGAGCUUCAAGACAUUAUGACCAGCGUCUCUGGUCGCAUCCCGCCUGCUGUGGAGAAAGCCAUCAAGAAGGAGAUGGCUCAGUAUGCAAGCAACAUCACCUCUGUGCUUUGCCAGUUUCCCAGUCAGCAGAUUGCAAACAUUCUCGACAGCCAUGCGGCAACUCUUAACAAGAAGUCUGAGAGAGAAGUCUUCUUCAUGAACACUCAAAGCAUUGUACAGCUGGUGCAAAAAUAUCGCAGCGGGAUUCGCGGUUACAUGAAAGCCGUGGUGAUUGAUUUGCUCAGACAAUACCUGAAAGUAGAGAUCCAGUUUCAGAAUGGGCACUAUGACAAGUGUGUUUUUGCCCUGCGUGAGGAAAACAAAGGUGACAUGGCAAAUGUGCUCAACUAUAUAUUUUCCCAUGCCCAAGUCACCAAGAAGAACCUGCUGGUAACCAUGCUGAUUGACCAAUUGUGUGGCCGGGAUCCCACACUGACAGAGGAACUGAUGGCCAUGUUGACUGAAUUUACCCAGCUUAGCAAGACAACUAAUGCGAAAGUGGCACUUCGUGCACGGCAGGUGUUGAUAGCAUCUCACCUCCCCUCUUACGAGCUCCGCCACAACCAGGUGGAGUCCAUCUUUCUAUCUGCCAUCGAUAUGUACGGUCACCAAUUCUGCAUUGAGAACCUACAGAAACUCAUCCUUUCUGAAACGUCCAUCUUUGACGUCUUGCCCAACUUCUUCUACCACAGUAAUCAGGUCGUCCGAAUGGCCGCCCUCGAGGUUUACGUGCGCCGAGCGUACAUCGCGUACGAGCUCAACAGCGUGCAGCAUCGUCAGUUGAAGGACAACACCUGCAUAGUGGAGUUCCAGUUCAUGCUUCCCACCUCACAUCCGAACAGAGGGAACAUCCCCACUCUAAACAGGAGAAUGUCUGCUCCUUCAGUCCUGGAUAUUAUGAAGGUCCAAAAUGCCUCAAAUUUGGAAUCCCUGGACAGGAUGUCGUUUUCCUCCAACCUGAACCACUACGGCAUGGUCCACAUGGCUAGCGUGAAUGACGUUUUGCUGGACACGGCCUUUACGCCGCCCUGCCAGCGAAUGGGCGCCAUGGUCUCCUUUCGCACCUUCCAGGAGUUUACCAAGAACAUCACGGAUGUGUUGAGUUGCUUCACCGACUCUCCUCCCCCAAGCCCGACCUUCCCCGAGGGAGGUAACCCCGUCCUGUAUGGCGAAGAAGACAACAAGAGCACCCAAGAGGAACCAAUCCACAUACUCAAUGUGGCUAUAAAAACCGACGGUGACAUGGACGAUGAAGCACUGGCAGCCAUGUUUCGGGAGUUUAACCAGUCCAAGAAAUCUCUACUGUUUGAACACGGAAUCCGUCGCUUGACUUUCCUCGUGGCUCAGAAGGAUUUCAGGAAGCAAAUCAACUAUGAGGUGGACCAAAGGUUUCACAGAGAAUUCCCCAAGUUUUUCACAUUCCGCGCCAGGGAUAAGUUUGUGGAAGAUCGGAUAUACCGCCACUUGGAGCCGGCUCUAGCGUUCCAGCUGGAGCUCAACCGCAUGCGCAAUUUUGCCCUGACCGCCAUUCCGUGCGCCAAUCACAAAAUGCAUCUCUAUCUGGGUGCGGCACGUGUGGAAGUGGGAGCAGAAGUUACCGAUUACCGCUUCUUUGUGCGGGCCAUUAUCCGACAUUCUGAUUUAGUGACCAAGGAGGCCUCUUUUGAGUACCUCCACAAUGAAGCUGAGCGUUUGCUUCUUGAGGCCAUGGAUGAGCUUGAAGUUGCCUUCAACAACACAACCGUGCGUACAGACUGUAACCAUAUAUUCCUCAACUUUGUGCCGACCGUCAUCAUGGACCCUUCCAAGAUCGAGGAGUCCGUACGUUCCAUGGUGAUGCGUUACGGCAGCCGACUGUGGAAACUGCGAGUCCUGCAAGCCGAACUGAAAAUCAACAUCCGUCUGACUCCCACGGGAAAGCAAAUCCCCAUUCGCUUGUUCCUCACAAACGAAUCUGGCUACUAUUUGGACAUCAGUCUGUACAAGGAGGUCACCGACUCACGAACGGGACAGGUGGGGCCCAAAAAUCGCCAGAUCAUGUUCCAGGCGUAUGGAGACAAGCAGGGUCCUUUGCACGGCAUGCUUAUCAACACGCCCUACGUCACCAAGGACCUGCUGCAGUCCAAACGCUUUCAGGCGCAGUCACUGGGCACGACCUACGUCUACGAUUUUCCAGAAAUGUUUCGGCAGGCUCUGAAAAAGUUGUGGCACUCCAGCCAAGCGCACGCUUUUCUACCCAAAUGUCCUCUUCCCUCCGAGUUGCUGACCUUCACCGAGCUGGUGUUGGAUGCCCAAGGUCAACUGGUACAGAUGAACCGACUGCCAGGUGGCAAUGAGAUCGGCAUGGUGGCGUGGCGAAUGACCCUCCGUACGCCGGAAUAUCCGGCGGGACGCGAGAUCGUCGUCAUCAGUAACGACAUCACGCACAAGAUCGGCUCCUUCGGGCCCCAGGAGGACGUUCUGUUUCUGCGGGCCUCCGAGAUGGCGCGGGAGUGUGGCGUCCCUCGUAUCUACAUCGCAGCCAACAGCGGCGCCCGCAUCGGCCUGGCCGAGGAAAUCCGACACAUGUUCCAUGUCGCCUGGCAAGACCCGGCUGACCCGUACAAGGGUUUCAAAUAUCUGUACCUUACACCUCAGGAUUAUAAGAAGGUGUCGGCCCUGAAUUCUGUACAUUGUGAACAUGUGGAGGAUGAGGGAGAAUCCAGAUACAAAAUCACUGACAUCAUUGGGAAAGAUGAAGGGCUGGGUGUGGAGAAUCUGAAAGGCUCUGGUAUGAUUGCUGGCGAAUCCUCCGCAGCUUAUGAGGAGAUCAUCACCAUGAACCUGGUGACGUGUCGAGCCAUCGGGAUCGGAGCCUAUCUGGUGAGACUCGGGCAGAGAACCAUUCAGGUGGACAACUCGCACAUUAUCCUCACUGGGGCUGGAGCUCUCAACAAGGUGCUAGGAAGAGAGGUUUACACGUCCAAUAACCAGCUGGGAGGAAUCCAAAUCAUGCACAACAACGGUGUGACCCACAGCACUGUUUGUGAUGACUUUGAGGGGGUCUUCACUCUCUUGGAGUGGCUCUCUUACAUGCCAAAGUGUAAAUUUAGUCCGGUGCCCAUUUUGAGUGCGAAGGAUCCCAUAGACAGGCCUGUUGAAUUUGUGCCAACAAAGGCACCUUAUGACCCUCGUUGGAUGCUAGCUGGCCGUCCUAACCAAAGCCCAAAGGGCUCCUGGCAGAGUGGCUUCUUUGACCACGGCUCCUUCAUGGAGAUGAUGCAGCCAUGGGCUCAGAGUGUGGUGGUGGGCAGAGCUCGACUGGGUGGGAUACCGACCGGAGUGGUUGCUGUGGAAACGAGGUCAGUGGAGCUGUCAAUCCCAGCUGAUCCGGCUAAUUUGGAUUCGGAGGCCAAGAUCAUCCAGCAGGCGGGGCAGGUGUGGUUCCCUGAUUCGGCUUUCAAAACAGCCCAAGCUAUUAAGGACCUGAACCGAGAGGGUCUGCCUCUCUUUGUGUUUGCCAACUGGAGGGGCUUCUCUGGCGGAAUGAAAGACAUGUACGACCAGGUGUUGAAGUUUGGCGCCUAUAUUGUAGACGGGCUGCGGGAGUACAAGCAGCCCGUGCUGGUCUACAUCCCUCCGCAGGCCGAGCUGCGGGGAGGCUCCUGGGUGGUCAUCGAUCCCACCAUCAACCCUCGACACAUGGAGAUGUACGCCGACAAGGACAGCCGAGGUGGAGUGCUGGAGCCCGAGGGAACAGUGGAGAUCAAAUUCAGGAGGAAAGACCUGGUGAAGACCAUGAGACGCGUGGAUCCCGUCUACAUGAGCUUGGCUGAAAGAUUGGGAACUCCAGAGUUGAGCCCUCCCGACCGUAAAGAACUGGAGACAAAGCUUAAAGAGCGCGAAGAGUUUCUGUCGCCCAUUUACCAUCAGGUGGCUGUUCAGUUUGCAGACCUCCAUGACACUCCUGGACGCAUGCAGGAGAAGGGCGUCAUCACGGAUAUCCUGGAGUGGCAGACAUCCCGCCAGUUCUUUUACUGGCGCCUGCGGCGCCUCCUAUUGGAAGAGACUGUAAAAAGAAAGAUCCAAAAAGCCAACAGCGAGCUGACUGAUGGACAAAUCCAGGCAAUGCUGCGCCGCUGGUUCGUUGAGGCCGAAGGGGCCGUCAAGGCCUAUUUGUGGGACAACAACGAAGAAGUGGUGGGAUGGCUGGAGAGACAACUCGCCGAAGAUGAGGGAGCCAGGUCGGUCAUCGACGAGAACAUCAAGUACAUCCGCCGCGAUCACAUCCUCAAGCAGAUUCGCAGCUUUGUUCAAGCUAAUCCAGAAGUAGCGAUGGAUUCCAUCGUGCACAUGACCCAGCACAUCUCACCCACGCAGAGAGCAGAGGUUGUGCGUAUAUUGUCAACGAUGGAGAGCUCGGGCUCCUCUUAG